CAUGGAAGAAUUCACACAGGAGAGAAACCAUAUCAGUGUCUGGAGUGUGGAAAGAACUUACGUCAGAAAGGUGGCCUUUUGCAACAUAAAAGAAUUCACACAGGAGAGAAACCAUAUCAAUGUCUGGAGUGUGGAAAGAACUUCCGUCAGAAAGGUGGCCUUUUGCAACAUAAAAAAAUUCACACAGGGGAGAAACCAUAUAAGUGCAAGGAAUGUGGAAAGUGUUUCAAUUGCAGCAGUUACUUUAUUUGCCAUAAAAGGAUUCAUACAGGAGAGAAGCCUUAUAAAUGCUUGGAGUGUGGAAAGAGUUUUAAUAAAAGUAGUUGUCUUACAUCUCAUAAAAGAAGGCACACAGGAGAGAAGCCAUAUAAAUGCAGAGAGCGUGGAAAGAGAUUUUCGUCUAACUUUGUCCUCAGGUAUCAUCAACGAACCCUUACUGGGGAGAAACGAUAUAAAUGCUUGAAGUGUGGAAAACGGUUCAGUAGAUGUUUAAACCUUAGAAUCCAUGUAAGAAUUCACACGGGGGAGAAACCAUAUAGGUGUCCGGAGUGUGGAAAGAGCUUCCGCGCGUACGGUGACUUUAUUCGCCAUAAAAGGAUCCACACAGGAGAAAAGCCAUACAAAUGCCUGGAAUGUGGAAAGAGCUUCCGCGCGUACGGUGACUUUAUUCGCCAUAAAAGGAUCCCCACAGGAGAAAAGCCAUACAAAUGCCUGGAAUGUGGAAAGAGCUUCACUCAG